AUGCAAAUUUUUAAUUUAUAGAGAACAGGAAAGUUCAAAUAGUUGAUAGAGUAGUAAAAAUCUGAAAUUUAGUAAACAUAAAAGUUGUAUCAUUAAAAGUUUGAUAUUUUGGAACAGUUAAAAGCAUAUAAAAGCAAUGAUUAAAAAGAGAAGUAUCAAACAACUCUUAUAUUUUAGAUCGAACAAUUAGAUGAAGAUUAAGUAAUUAAAUUUACCAAAAUUAAUGAAAAGAAUAUAUUCAGAGAAAAAACUCAAAGUUAACAGUUAAUUAUAAGGAAAACAAAAUGAAAAAUCUGAAAUUAGUGUUACUAAAUCUAAGCAGCAUUCAACAAGACUUAAGACUAAUGAUGAAAUAUCAAUUAUAAAGCCUAAAUUAGCUCAUAUAGCAUCAACAGAUAGGAUUUCAACAGAAUGUAAAGAAACAAAAGAUUAUCUGAAUUACACUUUCGGAACUUAAUUCAGACUUCGAGCUACAAAUAUAUCACAUAAUAAUUGUAAAAGUAUGAUGGAGUAAAAAAGAUCUACUUCUUAGACAAGUAGAAUAAUGACUACAUCAUAAUAAAGAGUUAUUAACAAAAUUUUUUAAUGA